UGUCGCAGUUGAUGUAGUAUUCUAUAUCUUCAUAUCUAUCCGUUCGUGGAGAUUGCCGCGUUCUCGCAUUCUCGAAUCCACUUGAAAGGCGCGAACAGUACGUUCUCGGUUGAAAGCAUCAAAGGUAUGGAAUCUCGGGCGCUCUUGAUAGCUUUUCGCGAAAUCUAACUAUCUUGGGCAAGUAGAAAAUGCUGCGCUUGGCAAGUAUCAACGAGUUCUUCAUCUGCAAGCUGUGCAAAGGCUAUUUUCGAGAUCCCUACACAUCCAACGAAUGCCUGGACACGUGUACGGCAAACUAAAAAUCUGAAGCGACUCUGUGGGCUAAAGGAAUGCUGUUGGUGCUGAUGUUCUGCUACGGCUGUGUACGAGGGUACUAUCUGGACAACCCCACGUCGUCUUCCUGUCCAACGUGCGAUAUGUACCUCAGUGCGAAGCCGUUAACCAAAAUCCUCCCUGAUCCGGUAAAUAAAGAGCUGGCGACGAAGCUCUUGCCGGACUACACUGCGAAGGAAGAAGCUGAAGAGCGGUUGUUUUACCGGAAAUUAGGCGUUGAACGCAAGCCGCUCGGUACUUUGAUCGAAACUCAGCCCAGCCCACCCCGCACCCGUGGUCCGUCCCCCGACAGCAUGAUUCAGUUUGGGCUUUACCCUCAGCGCAGUCCUGAUAUCCCGUACUUCCUAUCGCUGGGCAAGUUGAAAGCUCCAAACAUGCUCACGCAGUCUCAUCUCCAGAUAAGAUACCUCCGCAAGUAUUUGACCAAGAAGCUGAAGGUUGCGAAACCCGAUGAAAUCACGAUUCUAUGCCAGGGCAAAGUGGUGGGCUCCGAGUAUACGCUCGAAUUCAUCCAACGUACGCUUUGGAAAGGAAGCUUCAAGAUGAUUCUGGAGUAUCGACGCCAGCGAAAACCCUCAAUGACCAUUGCUCUAGCUAAUCUGCGACUAUUAGCGCCUUGGCUAGGCGACAACUUUUCGUAA